CUCACCACGAGGCAGGCCGGGGCUGACGGGUUGUUCCUCCCCCAGGCACAGUACUACGGAGUUGUGAGCGUUGGCACGCCACCACAGAGGUUCACCGUUGUGUUUGACACCGGCUCCUCCAAUUUUUGGGUCCCUUCUGCUUAUUGCAUCAGUGAAGCGUGCAGGGUGCACCAGAAAUUUAAGUCCUUUCUGUCGGAUUCGUAUGAGCACGGCGGGGAAGCUUUCUCUUUGCAGUACGGCACGGGACAGCUUCUGGGCAUUGCUGGCAAAGACACGCUGCAGAUAAGUAACAUCUCCAUCAGAGGACAGGACUUCGGCGAGUCGGUGUUUGAGCCAGGAACAACCUUUGCCCUUGCUCACUUUGAUGGCGUGCUGGGCUUGGGCUACCCCUCCUUAGCAGUGGGCAAUGCUCUGCCCGUGUUUGACAGCAUCAUGAACCAGCAGCUGGUAGAGGAGCCGGUCUUCUCUUUCUAUCUGAAAAGAGGAGAUGACACUGAGAACGGUGGUGAGUUGAUUCUGGGGGGGAUAGACCAUUCCCGCUACAAAGGUUCAAUCCACUGGGUCCCAGUCACCGAGAAAAGCUACUGGCAAAUACACCUGAACAACAUAAAGAUCCAGGGCCGGGUGGCUUUUUGCUCCCAUGGCUGCGAAGCCAUCGUUGACUCAGGCACUUCUCUUAUCACCGGCCCCUCUUCACAAAUCAGGCGAUUACAGGAGUAUAUCGGGGCAAGCCCGUCACAUACCGGAGAGUUUCUCGUAGACUGCAGAAGACUCUCCAGCUUGCCUCACAUAAGCUUCACAAUCGGACACCAUGAGUACAAGCUGACAGCAGAGCAAUACAUCGUAAAGGAGUCUAUUGAAGACCAAACCUUCUGCAUGAGUGGCUUUCAGUCUCUCGACAUCACCACUCGCACCGGCCCGCUCUGGAUUUUAGGAGAUGUCUUUAUGUCUGCGUUUUACUGCAUUUUUGACCGUGGAAAUGACAGAGUGGGAUUUGCAAAAGCUGUUCAUAGGAAGGAUUACUACUGA